CUUUCGGCGGAGAGGGGGCUUCCUCUGACAACAUGGCGGCUGGGGAUCUCAGGCUGUGAGCGACAGUUACGUGGGCGCCUUUGUGCCGGGCUGGGCCGCGGCGCUUCUCUUUUGAUCUGGGGGAUCCGGUUAGGUGUUCGGCCGCUUGUUGGCGGCGGCGGCGGGGCCGGCCUGGUUAGCGGGAGGAGGUGGCGGGGAGCCGGGGAGGCUGGCGGCCUAGCGCGGGCGCGGGCUGAGGAGAAGCCUGAGGGCGGGCGGGCGAUGAAGAGGCAGAGUGAGCGCGACUCGAGCCCGGGCUCGGCCCCAGGUAGCGGGCCCGGCGGCAGAUCGGCCAAGCGGCCCCGGGAGCGGGAACGAGAACGGGAGAGCCGGGGCGGGCGGGAGGAGUGCGACGGAGGCCGAGGUGGUGGAGGAGGGGGCGGCAACUACCACAAGGCCGCACUGAGUGCCAAACACCCGGGUCGGAGUAGAAGUAGGAGCCGGGACAGGCCAGCGGGAGGGGGAGGAGGCGCGGGAGAGAAAUCCAAUAGCAAUAGCCGUAGGGAGGACAGGGGGGACCACCAUCAUCACCACCAUCACCAUGAGCCUGCCAGGCUGCCUUCUGCCAGGACCAGUUCGGCACAGAAAAGCAAAAGUGACAGUAGCAGGCCCGCUGGCCUGGAGUACAAAACUUUGGUGGUCAGCAACCUGGGCUCGCAACUGACAGACGAGGCAGUGGAGGAUGGCCUCUUCCAUGAGUUCAAGAAGUUUGGGGAGGUGAGUGUCAACGCCACCCACACGCCCGAGGGGGCCCGACUGGCAUAUGUGCACUUUCGGCACCACGAGGACGCCAAGGAGGCAAGGCAUGCCAAGGGCCGGCUGGUGCUUUACGACCGUCCCCUUAAAAUCGAACCAGUGUACCCCAAGAGGAGGAGCUGCACUCCACCAGAGGUGAACUAUGUGCCCAUCCAUGCUGGGUACCAGUAUCGACAGCGCUCUUUGUCGCCUGGGACGUGUGCCCUCAGAGAGCAGAGGACGAGACAUGCUAAUUAUCCCAUUGAAGUGGUACCACUGCCAAGGGAACGUGAGCGGUCAUUAGAUUAUUAUGGGUUGUACGAUGAGCGUGGGCGUGUCUACAGCUACCCGGUGCAGGAAGACGAUUUGAUGCCCGAGGAUGACAAGCGGGCCACCAGGAAUUUGUUCAUCGGCAACUUGGACCACAACAUCUCAGAGAGUGACUUGAGGCGUGCUUUUGAGAAGUAUGGCAUCAUCGAAGAAGUAGUCAUUAAGCGCCCGCCCAGGGGGCAAGGAGGCGCAUACGGGUUCUUAAAAUUUCAGAAUUUGGACAUGGCGCACCGAGCUAAGGUGGCCAUGUCAGGCCGUGUGAUUGGCAGGAACCAUGUUAAAAUUGGAUAUGGCAAAGCCAACCCAACGACUCGCUUGUGGGUGGGUGGUUUGGGGCCUCUGACCUCACUGGCUGCCCUUGCCAGGGAGUUUGACCGUUUUGGCAGUAUUCGCACCAUUGACUACGUUAAAGGUGACAGUUUUGCUUACAUACAGUAUGAGAGUUUGGAUGCCGCCCAGGCUGCCUGCGCCCAGAUGCGGGGCUUUCCCCUGGGGGGGCCUGAUCGUCGAUUGCGGGUUGAUUUUGCCAAGGUGGAGGACACACGCUACCAGCAGCCUUACCCUCAGGCACCGCUGCCCAUGCAUUACGAGCUUCUACCGGAUGGGUACAGCCGACAUCGGAGCCUGGAGCGAGAGGCUCGGACCCGCGACCGAACCCCGCCCCUACCCCUGUACCACGAGCGGGACAGGAACUUUUCCGAUGGUGACUGGAGCAGCCCGGCCAAGGCCCUGGACCGUCGCAACAAUGCUGAUGGGUACAGUGCCUCCAUCCGCAGCCGCAGCAGAGACCGCUGGCCGAGUGAGCGGGAGAAUGACCGCAGCGCAGCAGCCGCCAAGCCAUGGGAGGAGCGGCGGAAGCGCCGGAGUCUUUCCAAUGAUCGCACCCGGCCUGUCCAUUCGCCCUACGAGGAACGGAUGAGAGUCAAGCCACGGGGCUCAUUGGAACCAAGCCCGGACAAGAGGAACAGAGACACUAGGGGGUCGGAUGGGGUGGCUGACAAAGAGCAGACCACUACUGUUGGCCCAGAGGACCGUCGCCCACCCCUUGAGGAAAAAAUGCCCCCUGAUACCCAUGAGCCAGUGCAGCUUAAAAAGAGAGACAGUGAGCGCAAUCACAGAACUAUUGAGGUUGAUCCUGAGACUAAAGCCAGUGUUGAAGCUCCAAAAGUUGAGACCAAGAAGCCAGCUAAUUUGUUGGAGUUUGCCCAAGCGCUGUCACUGGCCUGGAAUGGUGUCCUUGUUCUCAAAAACAGUUGCUUUCCAACAAAUAUGUUCACACUAGAGGGUGACGCUGCCAUCACCCUUGCCCUACUAAAGGACUCUGCAACAGGUGCCAAGGUGUCUCAGCUGAAGAUCGCGCAGCGCCUCCGCCUUGACCAGCCCAAGUUGGACGAGGUGACCCGUCGCAUCAAGCAGGGCAGCCCUGAUGGCUAUGCUGUGCUGCUUGCUGUGCAAGCCCCGCAGGGUGCUGAGGGUGGUGAUGGGGCUGUGGCAGUUGAACCUGGCCUCCAGCAGCGGCUCCUGCGAAAUUUGGUGUCGUACUUGAAGCAGAAGCAGGCGGCAGGGGUGAUCAGUUUGCCCAUUGGUGGGGUGAAGGACAAGGACAACACUGGCAUGCUGUAUGCCUUCCCACCCUGCGUUUUCUCCCAGCAGUUCCUGCAGACGGCUAUGAGGACAUUGGGGAAAGUGGAUGAAGAGCAUCUGAUUGUGGUAAUAGUACGGGACUCAGUCUGAGAGAGCAACGGUUUCACCGACUCUUUCACGUUGAAUAAAGUGUAACUCCUCUUGUUAGGACUGCCAAUUCAGUUCAAGUGUCUUUGGGACAAUAAUUGCUCAACCAAACAAAUGUGUGUCUGCACCAGAACUUUUAGUUGUCUAAUUCUGUAGUCUGUUUUUACCAUUUACCAUAAUAGCCCUUUUAUUCCUUCCAAGUGGAAUUUUAGGCCAGUGCUGAACUUCGACUUUCAUUUGUUUGGUUUUUUAAAAAAAAUUGGUUGUAUGAAGGAAGUUCUGAAUUGUCAGUAAAGCUGCGUCGAACGUUGUAUUUUUAAUUCUGUUCUGUCCUUGACUUUUCUUUCAUAUUUUUAACAGUGCAAAGUGAAAUAAUUAUGAAUAUUGUUCCACAAUGAUUUGAAGAUCACCUUGCUUUGUUAUAAAAGUUGAUAGGCCCUAGAAAAUAUUAAAGUAUGGAUUUGAUUUUUUUCGGUGAAUCUUCAGUAAGGAAUUCACAUCCGAGCAUGAUGAAUUCAGGGCUCCCAAACGCUUCAGUUUUUCAAGAAUGUGGCUUAUAUUGGUUUCUCUUAAGAAUUGUAUCUGAAGACUUCUUUAACCCUUGGAAUCUCUCAAGUUUUUCAGUAAUCUUUCCACUUUUUUGACUUUGUCUUUAAGUCCACUUUUGUUAAUUACAACUCACCUGUUUCUGCUCAACUCUUCCUACUAACAGUUUUCCUUCCCACGUGAGGUUGCUGCACCUGUUGGCCUUUCUUCUCCAUCCCAUCUACAGGUUCACUUUGCUUCUAGCUUCAAGUCUAUGUGCAAGUAUUCUUCUGCUCCACACCAAUGAGCUUCCUGUCUGCCUCCUUUGUAUUUCCUUCUAACCACAUUCCUCUCUGUAUGAAUCAUUUCCACCCCCCCCCUUCCAUAUUUCAAAAUACAGCAGCCAGCUUUUCUGCAUUUCUUCUUUCUGGUUGCAUCUUUCUCCUCUAUAUAUCUGCUUCUGUCCCUCUUCAAUGUUGUGUAUCUUUAUUACCCCAGCCACUCCUCUCCCUUCAUUAACCUCUCUCUCCCACUCAACCACCCACCCUCCUCCUUUUCCAUGUGAGCCUUUUUGUCAUGCAAAGAAAGAAAAUGUAUAACAUUUUCUAGCAGGUUUCACCAUGUCUUUUACACCCCACCUCCUCUGCCUGUUGCUGUAAAUUUCUUUUUUCUUCUCCUCCCUUAUAUUUCAUCUGCAGGGUACCCCGCCCCUAUUUAUGCUUGUCUCUUCUGUAUUGUCACAAUUCUGUUUAUCUACCCAGCACAUAUGAGACUGCUGCACCAGUCCUAUGUAUCCCCUCCACCAAUGCCUGCCUCCUCUAUUUUCAUUUCCACAUUUUUCCCCUGUCCCCACAUUUUUGUCACUCCACUAAAUUUUUUCCUUCUCUGUAUUGACUUUUACAGCUAUUUCCAUCUCUGCCUUCUGCAUUUGUCUCUUGUCCCUGACUUUUAUCUCUUCCCAUUCCAAACAUCUGUUUUCUGUAUUGUUCCUCAAUUUGUCUCCCCUUUUUGCAUCUCUCCCUUCUGUUGGUAUUCUUCUGUCUCUGUUCCCUCAAGAUUUACUUAUCAUAUGUCACUUCAUAUUCUUUACUGUCUGUACAUCUUAUUUUUCCUGUAAGCAAACUACUCUCACACCAUGUUCCCCUCUGUCCAUCUUUUGCAUACUUCUCCCCAUACAUGGUUAACCUGUGUCUUUGUUUCUCUUUGCUCUUCUAUCUGGUUACUGCCCCCUCAGGGAAUGUAUGUAUGUCUCAUCUGUGUUUUUCAUUCCUAAUCUCCAGUUCAACCUGGUGUUCCCCCAUGUAUGUUUUUGUUAUGCCUCUGUGUGUCUUGUCCAGUGGGUCACCCUGUGCUCUGUGCCUGACUUUCUUCACUGCAUCUCUUCUCUCUGUCUCUCCCCAAUGUCUUCCAUCACUAGAAGCCAUGUCUUUCUUUUGCUUCCAUAGUGCUUUUCUCUCUCUACAUGUCUCCAUUUUUUUCUAUCUGAAUUCUUUCCCAUCAUUUGUUUUUCUUUCAUCCUUGUGUUUCCUUUUUACUUGUUAUUUGUUCUAUCCUCAUAACAGACUCCUACCUGUGUUCUCUUCACUCUCUUAUCACCAUUUGCAUUUCUUUAGACAGUAGGGAUUCUUCUUUCCCAUGUCUUCCAAACACCCCUUUGGUCAAUUUUCCCACCUCUCCCUUUGUGUCUGUCCCAUCUUUCACAUCCAUGUAUCUACCUCUCCAUUUGCUAACCAUAAUCCUUCCCUUUUCAUUUCCCUGUUCAGGACUGUCCCUUCCACUGCAUCACAAUGAAUUCAACUUUCCUCUUUUUGUCUCCCCUUCAGCCUUUGGGUAUAUCUCCGUUGUCUCUCUCCUGUUUGGUCUAUUCCUCCUGUACCCCAAUUUCCAUACUUUUGUUGUUCUCUUCCCUCCUUUUUUUUAAUCUCUGGCCCACUCACCUUGAGUCUAAUUCCCCCCCCCACUCCUCCCCGUACCCCUCACCCAAUUCUCCUCCCUCCACCUUGGAUCUAUCCCCACCGCCCAUCCCAACCUUGAUGACAUCCUCUUACUGCACCACUGCUUACUGUCUAUCCCAGUUGCUUCCUCAUCUCUCAUC